AUGAAGCGGCAGAACGUGCGGACGCUGGCGCUCAUCAUGUGCACCUUCACCUACCUGCUGGUGGGCGCCGCCGUCUUCGACGCGCUCGAGUCCGAGGCGGAGACGGCGGAGAAGAGGAGGCUGGAGGCCAAGAGCCAGGAGCUCAAGAGAAAGUACAACCUGAGCGCCGAGAGCUACCGCGAGCUCGAGCGGGUCGUGCUCAAGCUCAAGCCGCACAAGGCCGGCGUCCAGUGGAAAUUCGCCGGCUCCUUCUACUUCGCCAUCACCGUCAUCACCACCAUAGGUUACGGCCACGCGGCGCCCAGCACGGACGGCGGGAAGGUUUUCUGCAUGCUCUACGCUCUGCUGGGCAUCCCGCUGACCCUGGUGAUGUUCCAGAGCCUGGGAGAGCGCAUCAACACCUUGGUGCGCUCGCUGCUGCGCCGCCUCAAGAAGCGCCUGGGAAUGCGGCGGCCGGAGGUGUCCAUGGCCAACAUGGUGACCAUCGGCUUCUUCUCGUGCGUCAGCACGCUCUGCAUCGGGGCCGCCGCCUUCUCGCACUACGAGAACUGGAGUUUCUUCCAGGCCUACUACUACUGCUUCAUCACGCUGACCACCAUCGGUUUCGGCGAUUACGUGGCGCUGCAGAAGGACCAGGCGCUGCAGACGCAGCCGCAGUACGUGGCCUUCAGCUUCGUCUACAUCCUGGCGGGGCUGACGGUGAUCGGAGCCUUCCUCAACCUGGUGGUGCUGCGUUUCAUGACCAUGAACGCCGAGGACGAGCGUCGCGACGCCGAGCAGCGGGCGCUGCUCAGCCGGGCGGUUCAGCCCGGCGCCGUUCCCGUCGUUCCCGAAGCCGCCGCGGUGACCCCGGCCGAGAGCGGUUUUCGGAACGUCUACGCCGAGGUGUUGCACUUCCAGUCCGUGUGCUCGUGCCUCUGGUACAAGAGCCGGGAGAAGCUGCAGUAUUCCAUCCCCAUGAUCAUUCCCAGGGAUUUGUCCAGCUCGGAUACGGGUGUGGAGCGCAGUCACUCCUCGCCCGCUCGUUGUCCCGAGACUCCGGAGCACCGGUGUUUCUGCCGGCCCCGGCGUUCCGCCAUCAGUUCCGUGUCCACCGGGCUCCAGAGCCUGGCGGCGUUCCCGGGAUUCGCCAAGCGCCGCAGCUCCGUGUAGCCCUGUCGCCCCCCACCCGAGCCUGCAUCCCUUCUGGAUUCUGGAACGACACCGGAACGAGGCCGUCCCGGUUCGCUCUGGAAUGGAUUUUAAUUUCAAACCUCUUGGUUUAAUGGAUUUUAAUUUCACAGAAAAGAAAAAACAAACAAACAAAAAAAACCCAACAACAACAACAACAACAAAAAAGCCCUCCUUGAAAAUGUGAAACUUUGGAGAG